GACAGAGCAGCGGCAGUCGGCGUCAAGCAGGAGUAUGUGGCCGCUAGUGCUAUCGCUGGCGCUCGCGCAGGUACCGCCGUUGGGUGCAGACGCUGCGGACCCGCUGCUUUGCGCCACCACCGAGGAGAUGGCAAAGGCGGCCGGGUACGCCGUGGAGGCCCACGAGGUGCGCACCGCGGACGGGUACCUGGUGAGGCUGGAGCGGCUGGUGGGCGGCCGCCCUGGCGGGCAGCCGGCGCUGCUGCUGCACGGACUCUUCUGCGCCUCUGACCUCUGGCUGCUAAGGGGGCCCGGCGCCGCGCUCGGGUACCUACUUGCAGAUGACGGCUACGACGUGUGGCUGAUGAACUUCAGAGGAAACAGAUACAGUGCUAGACACACAACCCUGAAUACUACGGAUCCCUCAUUCUGGAAAUUCAGCUGGCACGAGAUGGCCGUGUGGGACCUGCCCGCGACCAUAGACCACGUGCUGGCGGUGACGGGCUGGCGCCAGCUGCAGGCAGUGGGCCACUCCAUGGGCAACACGGCGCUGCUCGCCAUGCUGGCCUCGCGGCCGCAGUACUCGCGCAAGCUGGCGCUCGGCUCGCUGCUGGCGCCAGUCGCCUACAUCCACACGUUCAGGGUGCCCUUCAGCCAUUUUCUGCUCGCUGACUGGCGCCACAUCCAGAGCCUCCUCCAGAGAGCGCGCAUAUACAGAGUUCCGCCAACGACCAAAGAAUCUUGCUCGCUGUUGCAGAAGACUUGUGGGGACGACAAACCUACGCAGGAUCUCUGCCUGAAUCUCAUUCAAACUCUUUAUGGGUGGGAUCCUCAAGGUUUAAAUAAGUCGGCUCUGCCAUUCUACCUGUCGCAUAUGUUUGCUGGCGUGUCUGUGGACACUAUCGCUCACUUCGCACAGAUUAUUAAGUCAGGUCGGUUUGAAGCCAUGGACCGCGGCCCAGAGGAAAACUUCCGCCGCUACGGAUCGACGAGGCCACCUGCUUACCACCUGCAGAGAAUAGACGCCCCGCUCGCUCUAUACUACGCCGACAACGACUACGAGUUGCACCCUAAGGGUGUGAUGCAGCUGGCGAAGGAGUUACAGAAUGUUGUGUCAAUCGAACGUGUGCCGGAGACAGCAUUCAACCACAUAGACUUCCUUUUGCACAAGCGGGUGCUCAGCCUGCUGUACAGCAGCGUCAUGGCAGUCAUGCAGCGAUUUCGUCACAGCAUUGCAGCCAACAUCUCUCCGUAGCAAGCUCACAGAAAACUACUUUAUAGUCACCAUAAAAAUUUCCAUUCCAUACAGACAGAUUAUACAACAGGGAGAUGCCAGUCUCAUAUACCAGUAAAUAGUUAAUGCAAUGUACAUGGUAAACAUUUGUUUCAAUAGUUUUGUUUGAGUGUGGCUGAAAGUCUAUGUAGGUCUUUAUUAUUCCAUCAAUACAAUAAAACUGAGCUUCCCGAAAUAUGUUGCACAUUAUUUGCAUCACAAAAUGAACAUUUUAAUAUGAGUAUAUUUCAUAAGAACUAUGUUGACAAACCAAAGCUCAAUAUCAUCAUAAGAAGACAGAGCUAGGUGUCUGAAACAUGUAAAGACUGGUACUGACAAAAUUUAGUGACUGGUUACAGUGUGUUUUUGUUGUUUUUAACAUAAACCUUUGCCAUCCACCUCCUAGUUUUACAAACUCAUAUCCACUUUACAAGUUUUAAAUGC